GGGACCCCCGCCCAGACCCCGCCCCCAUCCCGGUAACCGACAGCGCUGACCCCGCCCCUCACCCGGACUCCGCCUCACUGCUCCCCGCGCCUUCAGUCGCUUUGACGUCACUUCCGGCGCGCGGCCAAGAUGGCGGCGCCCUUGCGGCGGGCGCUGCUGGCGCUGGGCCCGGCCCGGUCGCGGUUCCCGGAGCCGGUCCCGGUCCCGGUGCGGCCUUACCGGGCGGAUCCGCUCCGCCGCCGCCCGGGCCCGGCUCCCGCCGACCCGAAGGACCUGCGGGCGGCCGCGCGGCGGUUCGGGCGGCUCGGGGAGGCCUCGGGGGUGCCGGUGUGGCGGCUCUGGCCCAGCCCGGAGCAGCUGCGGGAGGCGGAGGCGGAGGAGCGCGAGUGGGACCCGCCGCUCCGGGAGGUGGAGGCCGUGCUGGAGCAGCGGGAGAGGGAGGAGGCGCGGCGGAGAAAGGAGAGGGCGGAGCUGGUGUCCCGCAGCCUGGCGGCCAUGCCCGCCCGUGUCGCCGCCUGGCGCCGGGACCGGGAGGCCGGGGAACGGGCGCGGGCGGAGGCGGCGCGGCGGCAGCGGCUCCUGGCCGAGGCGGGGCUGGGGGCGCUGCCGCGGCCCGGGACCCCGCCCGGGUCGGCCCGAGCGCAGGAGCUGCUGGAGGAGCUGGAGAAGCAGCGGCGGCGGGAGGAGAAGCGGCGGCGGCGGCAGGAGCGGGAGGAGGCGGCGCUGAGCGCCUGGCCGCGGCGGAGGCGGCGGCGGCUGCGCGGCCGCUCCCCGGGACCGCCCCCGAGAGCGCUCCCAGACCCACCGGGGCCUCCUCCUGACCCCCCCGGUAAUGUCGGGACCCCCCCCAGUGUCCGGUGCCCACCGGGAGGGUCCCGUGAGCCCCCCCGGACAGAAGGAGGACACCCCAGAAUGGGUUUAAAACUCUGCAUUUAA